GCGAGACACAGGAAACAGAAAUACUGCAAAAUAAUAAUAACACGAUUAAACAAGACGAAAUAACGUUAUAACAUUUCUUCUCGUUUUUUAUCGUCAACGAUAUUGCAUUAUACAUUUUCGUUGCGUCUCAUCUCGUUUUUGUCACGCGAUAAAGGUUCGUUGACGACGAUAUUUAGUCAUAAUUUUCGUUGACGAAAGCAACACUACUGGAAAGACGUGCCCUGGUGCAAGCCUCAUCAGCUGUUCUGAGCCCCAAGCAGGUUAGAGCCAUUGGGGCUCAGUGUAGAGGAGGGCGCAUCUCCCCUCCACUAGUACUGUCGGUUCCUGGGCUUCUCCCUCUGCUAUUAGUGUGGGUGUAAUCUCUCUCACCCCGGACCCUGAUCCAGACCCGGACCUUCCUGUCCCUGAGCCCUUGCCCUACUCGGCUACCCAUUGCCAUCUGUCCUGGCAGAAGCCCAAGCAAUCCACCAGGAAUUAAAGGCACAGAUGGUGUCUCCCCUCUUGGCUCUUCACCCACAGACCCUAGAGUCGCACCCAGUCUCCCUGGGCAGGGGCUGCAGGCACAGAAGGCAUCCUCCGUCCCAGCCCAACAGCCAGCUGCAACAGCCUUCUCCUUCUCACCCGGACCCCCAGCUGCAGCAGCCUUCUCUGUCUCACCUGGACCCCCAGCUGCAGCAGCCUUCUCCGUCUUACCCGGGCCCCCAGCUACAGCAGGCUUCUCCAUUUCAUUCAGACCCCCAGCUGCAGCAGUUCUCCCCAUCUCCACCGGUCCUUCAGCUGCAGCCUCAGCCAGGGCCCCAGCCUGACUCCCAGAUUCAGCAUGCCGAGCAGCAGCAGCAGCAGUCUCCAUCUGGUCCCGAGCAGCAACCUCAGAAUCAGCGCGACCUCCCGCUGCAGCAGCCCUUGUCUCAACCCGACCUCCAGCUGCCGCAGCCAUUGUCUCACCCGGGCCUCCAGCUGUCACAGCCCUCAUCUCAGCAAGACCUCCAGCUGCCACAGCCCUCUUCUUUGCUAAACCUCCAGCUGCAGCAGCCUCCUCCUGAACCCAAGUUGCUGUCACCUCCAGCACUGAAUUACAUCUUGAACACAGUUUUAAAAGGCGUUUUGGAUUAAUAGCAAUUUAAUCACAGCACAUGGCAGAUAUACUGUAAAGUAAAUGCAGUUACAGUAGGCAUUCACAUCUGUAACUUUGCAGCAAAGGCAAAUCUCAAGUCAAAUAUUUUGGGGGGCAACUGGGUAGGUGGAAUCAUAUCACCGAACAUAUUUGGUGCUCUAUUUCUAUAUGGACCUGCAAAAUGCCCACAUAUUGUUACGUCCACGGAUCAGGCUGUCCCUGGCACCUUGGCAGCAGACACCGGGGCUGCUGGCGACUCCACCCCUGCUCACGUAGGAGCACGCCCCGGUGGCGAGGCAUACCUGCGCUCAAUUAGCAGAAUCGUACUUAAGCACAGCGCUGGUGUGUUCUCAUCACCAGAUGAUCUCUCAUUCUUCUACCGACGACUUCGCAUAUUACACGUCCUGGAUCCUGAUGACCACUGGUAUCGAACUACCCUGGUAAAUUCUUGUCAUCCACUGUGUCGACCUGAGUGAGAUUAUUUUGUCUUGUUUAUGUUUUUCUGAAAUGAUCACCGUGGAGUACUUUUAAGUUUUUCUGAACUGAUUACCGCGGAGUACUUUAUGUUUUUCUGAACUGAUUACAGAGGAGUACUGCUCCAGCUGUGUCAGCUGUGAGUGAUCAGCUGUGGAUGGCGCAUAUGAACUGACAUGGACUACUGUUAGGUAAUUUUAGUCAGAUAGAUAUUGGAUAGAUACUUUAUGUAUUAGAAAUGUUUAGUGGAGAUAGGAUG